CUGAGAUUGAUGUUUCAAUCUCUUGCAGGUUGGAGACAUGGUGUGCAUUGUUGCUAUGCCACCAAAGGAGCUGAGCUCCCGGUGGAGAGGCAAGCAUGGCUUUGAGGUUGUGUUCUUCCCUAGUGAGUGCGUGGAACUCAUUAGUGGAAAAGUUCCCGAGUCCCUGGUCAAUUCCUUGCCAAAGCCAGAGCCAAAGAAAUGGGGCAAGCUCAUCAACGGCCUUUGUUCCCUGGUGAAGGUCAGCCCUGGGAGAGCAAAGCAGCCUGAGCCAGAGAAGGAAGGGGUGUUUGGGUGUGACCUGGGGGAGCACCUUCUCCGCUUUGGCCGUGAUGUGCCCCAGGUGGUCCAGAGCUGUGCUCAGUUCAUUGAGCAUCAUGGCAUGGUGCAGGGGAUAUACCGUCUGUCCGGCGUGGCGUCCAGGAUCCAGCGACUAUGCCAUGAAUUUGAUUUGGUGCAAGUUCCUGAGCUCAGUAUCCGAGACAUUCACAGCGUGAGCUCCCUGUGUAAGAUGUAUUUCAGGGAGCUCCUGAACCCUCUGCUGACCGAGCAGCUGUAUGCCAGGUUCCAGGACGCUGUUUGCGCUUCUACAGAGGAGGAGCGGUUGCUGAGAAUGAAGGACACCAUCCAUCAGCUGCCCGCUCCUCACUACAGGACUCUGCAGUACUUAAUGAAACACCUGGCAUCUCUGGCAGGGAACUGCUCCAUCACCAGCAUGGACGCUAAGAACUUAGCGAUUGUGUGGGCUCCAAACCUCUUAAGAUCCCAGCAGAGCCCAUCUGCCUGCUCCAACAGAGAAGCUGCCUGCAUGGAGCUGCAGACACAGUCAGCUGUGGUGGAAUUCCUCAUCAGCCACACAGAUGUCAUCUUCUGCUCCGAAUCCACACCAGUCGUGGGAGAGUGAGCAGGGCACAGUUCUCUGCCUGGGCCCAAGUCUGUGUGGGUGUCUCCAUCCACAAAGCUGCUCACACUGCAGGAGGCACAGGCUGAGAGGAGAGGCCAGAGCAGCUCUCCCACUGUGACACGGAGCAGCAGGAUACAAGUAAAGGAAGGCCCCGCAGCUGUACUGGGAAGAUUCCACACAGUCAUCAAUUUUUCAUCUGAAAGGUAAAGAGGAAUUCCCUUUUCUGCCCCUAUCAUCAUUGGUCGG